AGUACUGGACUGGGAUUAACAACAACAAAAAAUAAAAUAUUUAUUUAAAUAAAAGCUAAGCAUUGGUAGAGGUUCUCAGCCAUGCAACGUGGUAAAAUAUCCUUUGGGAAAAUCCAAUUAAGCAUCAACCAAUCGCUUGACGGGCCAAAUGCAGGUGCGAAUGAAAAGGUGAAUGACUCUGGAAGCAGUGGAGUAGGCGGCUUUAAGAAAAUGGACAAACAGCAAAUGAUUCGACAAAUUGAAGAUGUUGCAGAAGAUUUUGAAAGCCAGCACUUAAAGGAAGUGAUGGGCAUCAGCGGGUUCGGACGCAAAGCAGCCCAAGUGUUUGACAUUAAUGAGCAGAUAGCCAAGGCGAAGAUCACACAUCCCGUCGUGGAGAAGAAGAGAGAGGUGCCUGAGCAGGAGCAGGAAGAUGUGAUCGGGCCAUUGCCACCGGCAGCACUCGAAGAUACAGAAAGACACAACAGUGACGAAGCCACCAAUAAGGUGAAAGACUCCGAUGACGAGUCCACCUCUGAUGAGGACUCUGAUGAUGAGCAAAGCCUCUCAAAACGCAUACCCUACACACACGAGGUCCAAAUGCAGCAUGGCUCACGAGCUGUCUUGGCCUUGGCAGGCGAUCCUUCCGGUGCCCGUUUAGUAUCCGGCUCCAUAGACUACGAUAUGUGCUUUUGGGACUUUGUGGGCAUGGACUCAAGCAUGCGGAGCUUCCGGCAAUUACAGCCAUGCGAGAACCAUCCGAUUCGAGCCCUACAGUACUCAGUAACCGGGGAGAUGAUCUUGGUCAUCUCUGGCAAUGCUCAGGCCAAGGUAUUGGAUCGCGAUGGGUUUGAAAAGCUAGAGUGUUGCAAGGGCGACCAAUACAUAUCGGACAUGUCCCGCACAAAGGGGCACGUGGCGCAGCUCACCUCGGGCUGCUGGCAUCCCUUUAAUCGGGAGCAGUUCCUCACGGCUGCUCUAGAUGGAACACUUCGCAUUUGGCAGGGCUUGAAGGCCAAAGAACAAGUUCAGGUUAUCAAGACGAGGGCAAUGGGGGGCCUGCGGACUAACGCCUCGUCCUGCAACUUCAAUAGAGAUGCCACUCUGAUAGCAGCCGGUUGCGUGGACGGCUCCAUUCAGACUUGGGAUACACGCAAGAUGUUUGUGAACACAACCCACUGCGUGAGAGGGGCCCACCAGAAGGGCUCGGAGAUUACAUCAAUUGUUUUUUCAUACAUGGGCCUGCAGCUGGCCACCAGGAGCAACGACGAGACCAUGAAGUUGUGGGAUCUGCGCCAAUUCAAACAGCCCCUGCACACUUGGAGCAAUUUGUAUUCUCGCUACGACUCCACUGACUGUUGUUUUAGUCCAGACGAUCGGCUGUUGGUCACUGGCGAGUCCCUCCCGAAGAAUCAGGCCGAAGCUAAUCUCUAUUUCUACAGCACAAAGACCUUUCAGGAAGUUCAACGCACCCCCGUGUCGAACUCGCAUGUGGUCAAGACGCUCUGGCAUCCGAAACUAAACCAGCUCUUUGUGAGCUGUGGAAACGGCACUAUUAAGUGCCUGUACGACGAGAAACGCAGCAUACGGGGCGCCACGUUGUGCGUGGUCAAGACCCACCGAAAGCGGCAACAGAUGGAGAUGGUGGGCGUAUCGCAGAUUAUCACUCCUCACGCUCUGCCGCUGUUUCGACAGGAGAAGUCCCGCUCCUCCCGCAAGAAGAUGGAGAAGGCUCGUAUGGACCCUGUAAAGUCAAAACGUCCAGACUUGCCCAUCACCAGCGGACAGGGUGGGCGUGUGGCCAGCUCCGGUGGUACGCUCUCGUCCUAUGUUAUUCGCAACCUCGGCCUGAGCAAGCGAGUAGACGAUGAUCAGGAUCCUAGGGAGGCCAUUCUCAAGUACGCCAAAGAUGCGGCUGAAAAUCCUUAUUGGAUAGCACCAGCUUAUAAAGAUACUCAGCCCAAGGCAAUAUUCUCGGAAAAACUGCCCACAGACAGAGACGAGCCGCCCAUAAAGAAGCCUAUGACGGAAGCUGACAAUUAAUUAGUUAGCAAAUUUGCAUCUAAUAAGUCAUGUAAAUAAAAAUAUCCAUGUUUCAUCUUUA